AUUUUUUAUUAUUAUUAUUCUGCUGCCAUUUUAUCCARCCCACACUGAACUUUAGUCCUGUUAUCUCAGUGCCAACACCCAACAGGUUGUUCUGAGUGUCAGAGCAGGAAAUCAGACCAUCGUCUGCUGUGAGGGAGACUGGAUGCACAAACAUCAAGCUCCUCAUUUCUGCUGGCCGUGACGCUUCUUUCAGAGAUGUAUCGACUGACCCUGGUGACACUUGCAGUGUUGCUCUGCUCAUCGUCUUUGGUAAAUGGAGGGAAAGUCUUGGUGUUCCCUUUGGAUGGAAGCCACUGGGUCAACAUGAAAGUCAUGAUUGAAGAGCUUCACACCAGAGGCCAUGAAGUGACCGUGAUGCGUCCUUCAGACUCCUGGUACAUCAAGGAAGACUCCCCUCACUACAAGUCCAUCACAAUUUCCUCAUCUGGCUUUGAUAAGGAUGGUUUCGGGUCAUAUGUCAUGAGAACACUAGACAUGCGUCGUCAAGGAUCUUCCAUUUGGUCUCGCGUGUCUGUAGAGUAUGAGCUAAUGAAGCACUUCUAUGAGAUGACCAAGACGGCUCUUCAAACGAUCGAAGAAGUCUUUGAGGAUACAAAGCUGAUGCAGAGACUUCGUGAUGCUAAAUUUGAUCUGAUGCUCACUGAUCCAGGAUUUGGUGGAGGAGUCCUACUAGGUCACCGUUUGGGUCUUCCUCUUGUAUUUAAUGUCAGAUGGACUGUUCAGGGUGAGGGGCAUGAAGCAAUCGCACCUUCCCCACUUUCCUACGUUCCUUUCCCAACAGCAGAUCUAACUGAUAAGAUGACAUUUACUCAAAGGAUCAAGAAUUCAUUGUUCUUCCUCUUCAACCGUUUACAAAUAAUGUUAAUUGCCGAUCCAAACUACAAACCUUUUGUUUGGCGUUAUUUUGGCAGUGACAUUCAUUACAUGGAGCUCUUCAAGGCAGCCGAUAUCUGGCUGAUGAGAAAUGAUUUCACCUUUGAGUUUCCACGACCUACCAUGCCAAACAUCAUAUACAUCUCAGGAUUUCAGUGCAAACCCUCCAAACCAGAGAUCAGCCCAUGAAACCACUGGAACAAGCCAUGUUCUGGAUUGAGUUUGUCAUGAGGCACAAAGGAGCUGCACAUCUGAGGACAGAGUCCUACAAGAUGUCCACCAUCCAGUACUACUCAAUAGAUGUUAUGGCUUUCCUACUGGCAAUUAUUCUUAUUGCAUUCACUGUUCUUUUUGUUACAUCGAAGUUUCUCUGGAUGAAAAUAUUUUGUGGCAGCAAAGUAAAAAACGAAUAAAUUGUUGGUAUUUGGAAAAAAAAUGUAUAUGAAUUAGUUAGCAUCUGUCCAAUUUAUUUCAUUUUUUUAAUCAAAUUUCAGAACAUGUUUGAUUUAUCAGGAGACAGAUUUGGGGCACCGUUACGUAAUAUUUGGACAAAGAGCACAUGGCUUAUAACUACAAAACAAAACAUUAUUUAAAAAAAUGUACAUUUGAACUUCAUCCUAUUUGCAGGCUAGUCUUUUCUGUUGUUUUUUUCUGGUUUGUUGUUUAUUUUUGGAUUUUCUUAAAUUAAAAUACAACACAAGCAAAACACACCAUUCUAUCUAUCAUUACAAAAAACACUCAAGCAAAAUAUAGAAAUAUAUUAUUAUAAUGGAAUAAUACACUGAUUUACAUAAUUUUUUUAUUUUGAUGAAAAUUUUAAAAUGGUUGAUAUGAAUCUAUUGUUUCAGUUUUACAAAUCAGAACUGAUUUCUUACCUUUCUUCUAUUUCAUAUGGUAAAUUAAGUUUAAAUAUAUAUUUAAAUGAACCUGUGCUUUGUGUUUAAAUGGUUAUUUCUGACCUUCCUUUGAUUGUAAUUCUGGGACAUUUGCUAUGUUUAAGAGCACAUUUGCAAUAUGUUUUAAUUCGUGCUAUGAUUCAUGCACUAAUGGAAACUUGUUUGAAUCUGUGA